CUAGUAAAGCGAACGGGACUUCUUCUGGAGGUGGUCCUCAACUUCUCGGCUUUGCGGACAACAUUGCAGGUGGAGGCUCCCCUUCCUCUUUAGCAGUUGUAGUUGACGACGAUGCGACGGUCGAAAAAGUCGCCGGUCGAUUUCUCUACCUAGGCGGUGCAUUGCUGCAAGGACAACGUGUGCAAGUACAACGUGAUCACCAUCGCAUUGAGCAUCUCGAAUUCCUGCAGUUGUUGCUGCAACAAGUCGUGAUGUCACCAGAUCAUGGAGGUCAAUUUCUAGCUGAAGAAUUGAGGCAACUCCGAGACCACCUAUUAGCGCAGCUUUCCCAAGUGCGAUGUGAACGAGAGUUUUCGAUAGAAACCGGUGGCGUACAGUGCGAAGUAUUCGGGGUGGACGUGGUCAAAUCAUUGGUGCACUUUGUCAAAUACAGCGUUAGCGGUCUUUCGGGUGCAGCAUUGCCGAUUCAUGUACCUCAAAGUACUGGUACUGCCUCUGACGAUCAGACUGUCUUGAGCACAGACGAUACAGCCUCAAGAGUCUCAUUGUUGGCAAGCAACGUCCUGAGAAAACUUUGCCUCUGCUGGGAACAACAUCAAGGACACACGAGACCGUUGUCCGACUUUUUGAUCGUGAACUGUGCACCAGCCUAUCAUCCUGACACGGCAAGGCAAAUGCUGAUGGCGGAAGUAGCUGAUGCUCAGAAGAAACCGGCGGAAGCUGCUGAAAAUGCAGCAAAAGAUGAAGGGGAAAAGAAAUGUCUUGCGGCUGAAGGAGGAGCAUUUGCGAUUACGAAUGGGACUACUUCUUCCGCGCCAGGUAAGAAACCUCGUGGACACGAUAGUAUUUCCUUGAGCCACUUGCUAGUGGAGCACAUCCUGAAAUCCAUGGGCGACUGGAAUAAUCCCUUGAGACUCGAGCUCAGAGAAGCAUUGAUGGCCUUAGCUGCUGUGGGCGUUCGCACACAGACGAGCGCUUUCUCUAUGGAUUUAGGACGCCCGCUGCUUCGCCGAUCAAUAGAGGUGAUCCAAGAAUGCCUGAGGAAAUUCGAAAAGGCGAAAGCGACUUCGAAUUCCGGUAGUAGUGCUAAGAAUGUAGUUGGCAGUGAUGCUAAAGGAGCUGCAACAUCCAGUAAGCAGAUGCGGGUAUGGUUGUGCACGUAUGUGCCGCAACUCUGGCAUGCCAUGCAGG